CCAGUCAACCCGAAAGUCCUGGGCGUGGUUUCGAAGCAGCUUGCGGAGCUGGCUGGCAAGGCGCCGGAUGGGGUCUGUCCGGUUGUCAACUUUGCAGAUGUGCUGGACAUUCAGGCCGACAUACUGGGGCCUGUUGACACGCCCUACCACCGGGGAGUGUUUCGGGUCAAGCUCGUUCUGGAAGACGACUUCCCCUACACCGCCCCGAAGGGCUACUUCAUGACCAAGAUCUUCCACCCGAACGUCAGCGAGAAAGGCGAGAUCUGUGUCAACUCCCUCAAGAAAGACUGGAACCCUGCCGCCUGGUCCCUCUACAACAUCUUUGAAGUAGUGAAGUGUCUACUGAUAGUUCCGUUCCCCGAGUCCGCGCUCAACGAAGAAGCCGGCAAACUGUUCAUGGAAGAUUACGAAUCCUACUUUAAACACGCGCAGAUCCUGACCUCCGUCCACGCCAUGGAAAAAGACCGCAAAGCCCUGCUUUCGGGCAACGACAACAAAAUGGACAUCGAGCAGCCCGACCCCAGCAAAGAGUUCAAGCCGGCCCCCAAGAAGGAAAACGACAAGAAGAAAUGGCUGAAAAGACUUUGA